ACCACAGCCGGAACUGAUGCUUUCCAUCCUGCACAGCAGCCAGAAGAAGAGCAGAAACUCCGAGAGGCUUCAGGCUGGAACGGCCGCCGACAGGAAGACGACAUGGACUCCGGCUCGCCACCAGGAAGCCCUUCCUGCGGCCUCACCAACCGGAGCAGCAGCUUCUUUAAGCUGAUUGACACCUUUGCGCUGGAGAUCGGGGAGCUGAAGAAGGAGAUGGUCCAAACGGCGCCACCUCUGGACAAGGAGCCGCUGGAGAUACAAGGGCUGCAGGGCGGUGCUUUCCUUCAGCCGCCGCGCUGCAGGGGGUCCGUGGGGGAAUGGGACUCUGGUUACGACUCGCUGCGGAGGAGGAUGAGCGUGUUGGAGCGGCUGACUCAGACUCACCAGGUCUGGCUGCUGCUGGCGGUCAGCGAAGAGGAGGCCUCCGGCAUUCUGAUCAAACAGCCGCCAGGGGUGUUUCUGGUCAGGAAGGUUCUGCAGAGGAAGGUUCUGUCGGUGCGUCUGGAUAAGGAUCAGUCAGAAAUCCCAUCAGCCACUUCAAUGUCAGAGAGAGCCAUACUGUAAGUCGCUGCUCUUUGCUCCAUUAAGAAAAAAACAGAGAUCUGCAAACAGAAAAAUGUUUUAUUCUUCACCUCAGUCCUCAGUUCACAGUGAGUCAGUCGCUCAUGCCACUUCCUGUCCGCCUCUGCAUUAGAGUUCAGAAAUAAUCCCACAGAAGAGAGAAAUGAAAGUGAGUUCACAGGCUGUUUGGUCAACACGCCUUGACUUAAAACCGUAACACAUUUUUACGGUUUUAAUUUGUCUAAAUAAAAGUUACAGAUCAGCUCAAAAGCACCUGACUCAUUUUGUUUCUGAUUUGAAUUGUUUUUAUAGUAAAAUCUGAGUCAGGUUUUGCUUUUUAUCUGAAGCUCAUGUUAUUAAAUAAAGUAGCUCUUCAGUGUUUCCAGCACAACAUAGCAGCGGUGGAUUUUCACUGCUGUAACGACGGCACACAGAAAGCAGGGAGGAGGAGAAUUUGGCCUGGUUUGACCUUCACAUUGAGGUCAGCAGAUCCUCACUCAGCCUCUGCUGUCGUCUU